AUGUCGUCCCUUCACUUCUGUGCGGAAUGCAACAACCUGCUCUAUCCCGAAGUGGAUCGAACCAACCACGUCCUUCUAUACGCAUGUCGCAACUGCAACUACCAGCAAGAAUCGCGCGAAUCGUUGGUGUACCGCAACGAUCUCAUGUCGGUGACGAAAGAACAACCGGGUAUCGUGGAUAACCUGAUGAAGGAUCCGACGUUGCGUCGAACGCACGAUUUGAACUGUCCCAAUUGCGGGCACAGCGAGGCGGUGCUGUUUCAGGAUCAAAGCAAGCGCAUUAUGAACAGAAUGAUCCUGUUCUACGUGUGCUGUAGGUGCAAUCAUCUGUUCAGGGAUCCUGCGCAGCCCGCGCCGAGAGAGGGCCCCGGCCAGGUGUGGAACGAUAGGAAGAAAAAGUAA